AUGCCCACCUCCCCCCUCCGCGCCGAACUCGCCACGCAAGGGUUCACAAUCCAGCGCGCCAUCCUCGGCCCCUCCGAGCUCUCCGCCCUGCGCGAAGCCGCCGCCCGCACCACGGCACGCGCGCGCUCCGGCCGCUGGCCCGACGUCCGGACCGUGGGCAAGCAGUUCCCGCCGUGGCCGAAGCCCAAGCCGGACGCGGAUACGGACACGCACGUCCCCAUCUGGGGCGUCCAGGGCCUGCUGAAUCGGGACCUGGGGCCCGAGGCGGCGGUGUUUGCACGGGCUUAUUUCGGGGAUGCGGUUUUGGGGGUUGCGCGGGAGUUGUUGGGGGCGGAUGAUGAUGGGGGAGCAGGGGAUGGGAAAGGGAUAGGAGAGUGCAGAGACGAGGACCUGGUCAUGGAGCUCUUCAACAUGCUCGUGCGGCCCGACACGGACUUCGAGCUCGAGUGGCACCGCGACGACGUGCCGCGGAGCGCGAGCGUGGAGGAGGAGUGUGCGCGGUUGGGAAUCCCGCUUUCUGUUUUGCGGACAGAGGAUCCGAGCCAGAGCCAGGAAAAGGGAGAGAAGAGGAAAAGGGACUUCCACACCCAAUACAACUUAGCCCUCUACCCGGACAGCUCCCUGAUAGUAAUCCCAGGCUCGCACGCCCGUCCCCGCACCGAGGCCGAGCGCGUCCCCGACCCGUACGCCCCCGCCCUGCCGGGCCAGCUCGUCGUGUACCUCGAGCCCGGCGACAUCGUCUUCUACGACAACAACAUCCUGCACCGCGGCGUCUACGACUGCACCAAGGAGCGCAUGAGUCUGCAUGGCAGCGUGGGACAUGUUGGCGGCGCGAGGGCGAGGGCGCGGAAUGUGCUGCAGCAUGGGGUUGGGGGCUGGGUGGACCAGUGUGAUUUUGCGGCGCUGGGGGGUGGCGAAGAUGGGAGGAUCCGGAGGAGGGCUGAGGGUAUGAGGGAUAGGCUUGUGAAGCUGGGGAGGGAGAGUGGGGAUGUGGGAUUUUCGUUGACGGGUUAA